AUGUUAAGUGGAACGGGCCCAGUACCGAAUCAGGCCGACACGGUCGCAUUCUGGCGCAGCCUGUGGUCAGAGCCCGUAAACCACAACGAGGGCCCUUGGAUGGAAUUUGUAGCGAGUCAGUGUGCGGGUAUUUCACCCAUGGACCCCGUCAUCAUAACGCCGGAUGACGUAGCUGAGGCGAUCCGUAGGGCCCCGAACUGGAAAAUUCCGGGGCUUGACGGGCUGCAUCACUACUGGCUGAAGGUGUUCAUGGUGUGUCACGCUGUGCUCGACCGACAGUUUGAAGAGGCUCUCAACCAGAAGUACCUCCCAAGCCUCUUCACUACUGAGAUCACCCAUUUGGUUGCUAAAGAUCAGGGUGCCACAGACCUGAGCAAAUACCGCCCCAUCACGUGUCUACCGACCACAAGACACUAA